AUGGGCGAUCUGCAGGCCGUGGAGAAGCUCUACGAGCGGCUGCGCGGCGCGAAGGAGGAGUUUUGUCGCCAGAUGCAGGUGAUUGACCAGGGCUUUGAUUUCAAGGAGACCGAGCAGCUGUACAGAGUGGACGAGCUGGGGUUCCGCAUCAAGCUCGUGCGCCACAUCAUCGUGGACAAGCUGAAGUUUCUUGAGACGCAGUUUGACAAGAAAGAGCGCAUCAUCAAGCGGAUGAGGACAUCAAGCGAGCUGAGCUCCGUGCAGCUGUGCCAGCUCGAGAUGAUCUUCGACAAAUUCGACCAGGGCGACAAGAUGUACCUGAACAAGAGCGAGUUCCGCGAUGCGAUGACGUUCAUCUACCCGUCCUUGAGCACAGGCGAGGCAGACAAUCUAUUCGAGUAUAUCUAUGCGUCCACCUCCGACAUCACACGGGGAGUCAAGCUCAAGCAAUUUCUGGAGAUACCCGGGCUAUUUGGCGAAAAGCCUAGCAGAGAGAGCGAAGUGGUGGACCUUACGAGCCGCUUCUACUACGAGGCGUUUCAGGAGGCUAGUGGGGGCCGAAGUUUGGUGGGCAAAGCCGAUCUGGAGCGGCUCCAGCUGGAUUCCCGGCUGGUAGCAGGCGUAGAGGGGGUGUUUGCGAGGGAGGACGACAGUUUCAACUACUCGCGGUUUUUCGACGGCGACGACACACUGCUGGCCGGGUGGCCUGUGCAGCUGGACCGCGUGCUGGACGGGCUCAGCAGCGUGAAUAUAGACGAACGGUCUGUAGCGAAUGACGGUUAA